AUGAACCUCCGCUCGCUCCUGCUCUACACCUCGCUCUUCGGAGGCAUCAUGGCCGCCAAAUUCACCAUUACUGCCGAGGACAUGGAGAACAUUGAAGGUGUCACGGAUGCCUCUCAGUUGCCGGAAAACGUGCAUAGUGCCCUUAAGACCAACGGCCCUUGCUGGAUCGGUGAUGCCUGUGCUCGUAAAGAAAGCUAA